AUGCCCGAACAGGCAGAAAGCCACUUCAACAACACCUCCGGCCACAGCGACCCCGUCUGGGUCCACAAAAUGCCCUACUCCGCCUACCCCCAUGCAGCCUUUGCGCCCUUGAACCAAAGUAUCAAAAACACAGAUGUAUGUAUUACUGGAGCCGGUGUAGCCGGCAUCUCCUUAGCGUAUGAAUUGAUUGCUCGAGGUGGGAAACAAGUCACCCUGAUCGAAGCGCGGCAUGCAUUGUCCGGCGAAACUGGACGGACGAGUGGUCAUUUAUCCAAUGCUCUUGAUGACGGGUACACUAAUAUCGAGAAAAAGCAUGGCCGUAAAGGUGCACAGAUUGCCGCUGAAAAUCAUACAUGGGCGAUUCAUAGAGUCGGGGAGAUUUCUAAAGAAUUGGGGAUUGAUUGCAAGUUUCGGUACUUGAAUGGCUAUGAGAUAUCGCAGUUCUCGCGGGGGGAUAAUAGACAUAUUACAGAGGUUGGGAAUAUCAAGCGAGAAGCUGAUCUUGCGCAGGAAUUGCUGGGGGAAGAUCUGGUUUCAUUUAUCGAAGGUCUGGAGGUACGGGGUUGGGACACCAAGGGUCCUGAUCAACGAGACGGCGCUAUCUUUCGGAAUCAGGCCACGUUCCAUCCUACGAAAUACCUUCUUGGGGUUCUAAGUUGGUUGAAAGAGUAG